AUGGCACAGCACUACCAACAACAGCAACAACAACAACAACAGCAAAUGGAACAAAUUCAUCACAAUAAUCUACCAGAUGCUCCACCUUUACCAGACCAUCAAGCUUACCCUUAUAUACCUAGCCAUUCGUCCUCUUGGUCGUCUACCCCUUCUACUUUGGUACCGCCACCCGGCAGCGAAAAAUAUCAAUUACCUCAAGAAAGUCCUCUGAAACAUGGCUUGAAUAUCGAGCGGUUGGAAUCCAACGACAACGACGACAACACACUGAGUCUCGAGAAACACCCAAAGAAACAGCGGCGGAUGGCCAACCGGAAUUGCUGUGCGCGGUGCUGCUGUUGCGCGUGCUGUCUUCCCGUUUGGGCCACUUGGGUUGUAUGGAUUUUUAUUGUCGCCAUCAUAAUUGUCGUGAUCGUUAUUGGCUCUAUUCUUGCUACCUUCAAGAUGCCGAGUAUCGAAUUCCAAGGCAUUGCACCUAUCGAAUCAGACGAAUCAAUCAUAUCAUUCAACAACGACAAACUGUCCAUCAACUUUGGCCUCAUUGUCAAUAUAGAGAACCGAAAUAUCUUUCCAAUCUACCUUUACGAUGUGAAUGCCUAUGGAUAUUACCCUUAUCCCGAAGACCCAUCUACCCGGACCUCAAUUGGAGAUGGUCAUUUGGAUUACGAACUCGUGCCCUCUCAAACAAACUACAACUUCACCUACCCAUUCACCAUUAAAUAUGAUCCUGCCUCAGAUCCCAAUCUAUCGAUCUUGGGUAGCAUUGCUGACAAAUGUGGUCUGACUGGUGGUGCAAAGGGAGAUCUGAGCAUCCAGUACGAUAUUAAGCUUCGUGCCCGUGUCCUGCUAUUCACCAUCCCGCUCACCAUCUCAUCCUCUGCUAAUUUCCCUUGUCCUCUCAAUUUUGUUCAGCCAUGGAAGUGGUGA